UUCUCCUCCUAGAGAAACCAUUGCUCUUACAGUUGUGCUUCUCUGCAGGGUGCCCUUCAGGACUCCUGAUCCCUGUGCAUCUGAGGUGUGAAGGUGGGCAGCACCGUUAAGCCAUCGUCAUGGACUUCGUCAUGAAACAAGCUCUAGGAGGGGCUACCAAAGACAUGGGGAAGAUGCUGGGUGGGGAUGAGGAGAAAGACCCAGAUGCUGCCAAGAAAGAAGAGGAACGACAGGAAGCUCUUAGGCAACAAGAGGAAGAGAGAAAAGCCAAAUAUGCCAAGAUGGAGGCUGAAAGAGAAGUUAUGAGACAAGGGAUUCGAGACAAGUAUGGGAUAAAGAAGAAGGAAGAAAAGGAAGCAGAGGCUCAGGCUGCACUGGAAGCUAAUGCUGAAGGGAGUCUGACACGCCCAAAGAAGGCUAUCCCUCCUGGCUGUGGGGAUGAAGAGGAGGAGGAAGAAGAAAGCAUUCUAGACACAGUCAUCAAAUACCUACCAGGGCCCCUGCAAGACAUGUUCAAGAAGUAGUAGAUGCAGACUGUUAGAUGGGCAUAAACAGCACUGCAAAGAAUUUUUCUUUUGCCCAAUGGGGAUUUACAACCUUCCAUCCAUCAUGCAGCCCCACCUCUGCCCCUUACUGCUCACUGGGUUUCCCUUUGCUUCCCAUUCCCUUCUGACUGCCUCUUGCCCUUUGCUCAUCCGUUUCUUUUUGGUAUAUAGUCACAUCCAGUAGAUGACUCUGAAUGGAUGUAAAAAUAAAAAAGCUGCAAACUACACAACUUUUAUUAUAAGCCAUAGUACUAUGUAUGUUAAGGCAACUGUACAUUAAGCAUAUAAAAGGAACAACCUUAUGUGCAUUUCCAUGCAAAGCAGGAAGGAUUGUUCACUAAAUGUGAACAGUGGCUUCUUUAAUUUUCUUUCUCUUUUUAUUAUUUUUUAUAAUAACUACUAGCCAUUAUUUCUUGUUGCUUGGCUCACAGUAGCCAUUUGAUGUUGAGCACGUCUGCCCUUGGAAAGGAUAUCACAGUUCUCCCAGGGGCAGAGCUUUCCUGUUUUAAUUCCAUCACUGGCAUAAAUAAGAGAUCAUUUGAAAGGUAAAUCAGGCAUGACUUACACAGCUGACAUCACUCAGAACUGCGGAAGAAGUGAGUCAUCUGCCCUCAGAUGCUGGUUUGUUAGAUGCCUCAGAAUCUAAGCAAGAGUCAUGUUAAUUUGGGAAUUAGCCAUACACUUAACUUGAAAAGGCAGAUUUGGUCAGACAGUUGCCAUACAGAGAGCUGAAACCACAGGCGAGUUCACGGUGCUCUGAUAGAGGACCUCCCCAACCCCUUUGAAGCCAAUGACCAAGUACACAGGUCACUCUGAUUAACUAACCCUCCUUCUGCCCAGUGCCAUACUCAGCUGUCCCAUUCCCAGCAGUGUUUGCAGGAUGGACAUUUGAAUUUCAGUGUAUUGUUGUGUUUAUGUCCUCUCCACCCUUUCCUGCAGUGUGUGGGAGAGUGUGGUGGCCUGAAUGCUAGCCAUACAUGGCCCUAGAGAUCCAGAAAUCCUGGGUAUGCCUGCUAUGAGUCAUGUUAAAUUACUGCGUUGCCUUGGGGAGGUCACUUAUUUUCCUGUCCCACACAGCUGCUCCAGCUGUGUAAUGUAGGUUUCAGUCUCUACCUACUGUAAAGGCAUAAAGUCAAGAUGCUUCUCCAGUGCUGUGCAGAAGCUAAUUAAUAUUGUCACUGUGUGUGGCAUCCCUUGAUUCCAGUAGGGUGGGAGGAAACGUCUCUCUCACCAUUAUCUUUGCUGCCUUUCCCAGACACAGAUACGGAGGGCUCCUCAAUACAGGUCUGUACACAUUGAGUAACUGCAUAAGAUAAGCCAACUUCUACUGCAGAUGUUGAUUUGCUGGUAUAUACACAGACUUAAUACACAGACAAUCUGAUUUUGAACACAGACCCUCAUGGUCAGGUAUCUGGCUUGUCAUUUGAAGAGCCCAUCCUGGAGUUCUUGUGUUUGUCUAGGUCUCUGUAGUUGCUGAUGCGAGAGCAUCAUGCCAUCUUAGUCUUACAGUCCUGUAGGAGAAUCAUGAUUUAGUCUGGUAGAACCACCAUUGUUCACCCCUGUCAUAGGAACAGAGAAGUUUCCUAAGUAUAUGGAAGACAUUUGGCAGCAAAAAUGAAAGCAAUCUCAGAUACUUCAUUACAUACCUAAAUUAAUCAUUUUACUUCAAUGGAAUUUCCUUGAUGCACUUGUUCAGUGGAAGAGAGUUUAGGCAAACAUCUCAGUACUUCCCUGAACAAGAAAUUUUUAAAGAUAUUUAUCAUCUUGUCAGGUAAGCAGAACAAAUCUGCACCGUGGUUAAGGCAGUGAGCUUGUGAACUCUGUGCCUUUUAGCAGUAUCUCUCAUAAAAGAGAAAAAAUAUAAUGAAACAGAAGAAAUGUAUUUAUUUUACCCUCCUUACCCAAUUCUUAUCCAUUGCUUCUUCACAAAUUAUUUCAACUGUAAGUUUCUACCAAAUGCAAGGUAAAGGUUGAGGAAGUUUGACUGAUCUACAAAUCAGAACCAGCUGAUGGAAGAUGCAAUUUAUUUCAGGCUAUGUCUACAAACAAGGUGUGUUCAUUCAAGUACCAGCUGCCAAGGGCUUCCCAGAAGAAAAAGAAGACAGGUUUUACUCUUUCAGAUAAUGUCAGUGAGGUAUUUUUCCUAACUUUCAUUUAAAGCAAGGUGAAUGUCUCACCCCCUUCAAGACUUUAAUAGCCCAGAGCACUCUUUAUCUCUGAAUCCAUGCUUGGGUGUAGCAUAACUGUGUUGUGCAAUUUACUAUUUCUAGGGAGAGUGUCCUACUCACCCCAUGAAAAUUCAGCAGAUAGUAAUUUAAACCUAUUUAAGUCAACCUGACAGAAUUGAAAACUCACCAUUUGUCACAAAGGCAGCAGCUGGUUUUGGUGCUCUGCCACAGAGGGAACAAAAUCCAACACCCCUGAAAGCCAAAAGUCAGAGGAUACCUCUUUGCUCUGGCAACUCAUUGGCAGUGAAAUCUAGAUCACACUGAGAUACAGACAUCAAUAUUUUAAAAAUGCUCUGUCUAAUCUUUGUGUCCUGCAUCCUUUGCAUAAGUAGAACUAGCAGAAAUGUGCCCAUGCUAAAAAGAACACAUCCAUUCAUAUCUUCCUUUAGCCUUGUGCUGGAGAACUCUGCAAAUAAACCUACCAGGAGGAUGAGCUCAUUCAGCUUUGUUUUGGCCUUUCUCUACCACUUGCUUGUUGAUCUUUCCUUAGGCCCUAUCAUGGACUCACUUCCUCAUUCAACCAAAUACUCUUCUUGAUGCAGAAUCAGAAUUUUCUUCCUGUUGUACUCCUUGCUGAAUGGUUCUCCCAACUGCUUAUCUUCACAGUCUCUGGCAGCUGGAUGUGCAUGUGUGUGCACGUAUGUGUGGAAGAGGAGGAAAAGGGAGAAGAAAAGGGGAAAAGAGGGAAAGGAAGUGUGUUUGGUAUUAUGUUUUCUAACUGCCUCAGCAGCUCUGCCAUUGCAUGACUGAUCUAAGUGUUUGUAAGCAGGUAAUGCUGUCCCUGGGCAUGUAGCAUUAGAAACACUCCUUUAGUGAACUGAACUCCUGAGCUGUAUGAACAUCUGGGUCCAAACUCUGAAGAGGGCCGUAAGAUCUCUGUACUGAGUUUGUUAGGCUUCAUGCUGGGGUCAGAGAGCAGCAGAGAAAGGGAAGGUGGUUUACUAAAUGUUUGAUGAGUCUUUUCUAUUGUGGGAGCCUCCCAGUCCAGUCGUGUCAUCACUUCUGUACCUCAGCUGUCCACACCAGCGCUUCCUCCAGCAGAGAUCUCAGCCAGGCCUGAGUUGGUAGUUCCUAUUUUAAUUGUCCUUUUUUUUUCAACAAAGAAACAUGACGGGAGAUCUACUGCAGGUACUGGGGAGGUUUUUCUUGGGUUUGCCUCACAUAAUUUUUGGCACCUUGUAUGAGUUGUGGACCUCUCCUCAAGUCACUCCAUUGUCCCUGAAGUGCCUCAGCCAUGCUGAACAGACUGGAGAGCAGGCACUCUCCCUUCCCUUCUGCCCAUCCAUUUCCCUUCCCACUCUGAACUGGCAACAUGGGACACAGACACCUUUGGCUCAUGUAUGAAUGUGAGAAGCAUUGUCUCAGACCCUUUCCCCCUCAGCACUCAAGCAGGUGUUGAAGUACUUAAAUGAGACCAAAGACAAGCAUGGUUCAUUGUCUGGAUUCUGAAUAUCUCUUUGUAUUUCCAUGCCAUUGCUUUAUUUGCAUCACUGGUCUGUUCAAUCUCAGGUAAAAGAGGUCUUUCAUUUUUUUUAGCUAGUUUUUAUUUACACAGAAAGGUUGGUGGCUAGACACUGCAGCCAUUUCCUUCACAGUUCCAAGACCUUACUUAUUAAAGGGAAAACAAUUCAAAGGGCCUCCACAUUUGGAGGGUUUAGUUUACCCUUGACCUUGUGAACUCACAUUUGUAUUUAGAGAAAGCCAUACAAAAUCAGACUGCAAUAUUAAUUAUCAAUGCUAAUCUUGUGUUUAAAAUAAAUAAAACAAAAUAUAAGAUCAUGUGCUAAAUCACUUUGGAGUUUCUCUAUGUUUCUAGUACUAUACGUUGGCUUAGGUUCCUCACAGACCCUGUCCUCUGUCAAGAAAGACCAUACCAAUGCUGCUGAAUACAUCUUUUGGCAAGCUUACUGUGCUAGAACAAGAAUUGUUAGAAGUUAGCUGUUGUGACCUCAGCAUAAUGUCGUAUGUAUCUGAAAGCUGUCUGUAACUAUUCCGAAUAUAUAUUGUCAAGAUAACUGUUUCAUGUACAGAGUUAGUAAAAGAUUUCAUUACUGUAAUUAAAAAAUUGCUUGUUUUCUCACACACACACAGAGCAAAAUUCAACUUAGCCAUGCAUUUUCUAGUAGAAAUGCUCCCCAGCUUCCUUUCAGAUGCAUGCAGUAUUCUCCAAGCAACUACAAGAUGAUUUAGUGGCUUUGUGAAUGUGAACUUCAUUUGUUACUUGCCUGCUACAUUUUCCUGCAUGAUGGGGGUAAACAGUAUGAUGUUCUUCUAAAAUGGAAUCACAGCCAAUAAAAAUACUAGUGAUUUCAUA